UGAUAUCUCCUGUCCCUUAUUUCAAUGAAUACCUGUCUUCUGUUCCCAGUACUUGCUGCUUCAUCAUGAUGAUGGGAGGAGGAGAGCUACCUGGGCUUCUGGUGCAUGAAAUUGGUGGUGUCUGUGGGAUACUGCACAGCCACGUGGCGUUCCUGAAGAAACACUUCUGCCUCAUCACCAUGAAGGAGUUUCUUGAAAACCGAAAGCAAAUGAGUAAGAAGGUCCAAGCGAUCUAUUUGUGGUGGCACAGGCCAGCCAUUGACCGAGAGCUCCUCCAGAGCCUGCCAAACCUGAAAGUGAUUGCCAACUCAGGAGCAGGCAUGGAUCAUCUGGACCUGGAACUCAUCGCUAGCUUUGGAGUGAAGAUGGCUAAUGCUCCACGUGCCGUUUCCAGCAGCACAGCAGAUACUGGGAUGGCUUUGCUGCUGGCAUCUGCUAGAAGACUAGUGGAAGGCUACCAAAUUGCAGUUUCUUCCACUGUGGAGUACUCUAAAGCUGAUCUUCUGGGAGUUGAAGUUACUGGAGCCACUCUGGGGAUCAUUGGCAUGGGCAGCAUUGGGUAUAAGAUUGCUCUGAGAGCCAAAGCGUUCAAAAUGAACAUUUUAUACCACAACAGGACACGGAGGAAGGCUGAGGAGGAGCACGCUGUGGGUGCCGCUUACUGCCAGGAGAUGGAGGACUUGCUGCAGCGGGCAGACUUUGUGCUGGUGGCGGUGAGCCCGACGCCUCAGACACGCAGGCUGCUCGGGGAAAGAGAGCUGGGGCUGAUGAAACCCACAGCUACCCUCAUCAACAUCAGCCGAGGCGCGGUGCUGGACCAGGAGGCGCUGCUGAGGGCCCUGCAGACCGGGGCCAUCCGGGCCGCAGCGCUGGAUGUCACCAUCCCCGAGCCCCUGCCCAGGGAUCACGGCUUGUUGAAGUUAAAGAACGUCAUUGUAACACCUCACCUCGGCUGUAAAACGGAACAGGCUGCCUACAUGAUAACAGAGGAAGCAGUUGAAAACAUCCUGGCAGCACUGAAUGGUCUCCCCAUGCCCAGUGAAGUGCUCCCUAGCUGAUGUGCAAAAAGAUAUUUCAGGAAUCUGAGCUGACCAGUCCCUGCUGUAGCGGUUAAGUGCUCCCUGGCAGUGGGGUGCUUUAGGCAGGAAGACGCAGUGCUAGCCAAGAGGAUCCCUGUCAGUCACUGGAGUGAUGUGUUGACUGGCACACAACACCUAAGGACUUGGUAUUCCAUAGACCGGAAGUCCUUAAUGCAAGGACAGCUUCCCAAAAUACCUGCAGGAAGCAACUGCUUCUCAAAUUACACUGCAAAAAACCAGCCCUUUGAUUCCUGCCUUUCAUUAACCUUCUCAGGACCACUGAAAAUGGAUCACAAAAUGCCAUGGCCACGGAAGCAAAGAGAUGAUCCAUCACAGUUCACUCCAUCGGCUCAGAGUCGAGGGAGUGAAGAGUCGUCAGGAGACUGAAGGAGACCGAGGGGAAAGAAGACGAGGGCGUGGAGGGUCAGGACCUGCCCUACGUGCUCAUUGACUGUGUAGGAGGGAAGCACGGAGUGUAUGAAGACCAAGAAACAUUCCAUCUCAUCACCAUGAAAGAAUAUCUCCAAAACAAGGGAUUCCUCGGUGAAAAGAUCACAGAUCACAUGUGGUAUCACAAACCAGUUGUUAACGAAGAGCUGCUCCAGAGCUUGCCUAACUUGAAGACAGUUGCCAGCUCUGGGGUGGGAAUAGAUCACCUGGACCUGAAGCUCCUGGCCAGCCAUGGUGUGAAGGUGUCCAACACUCCCUUUGCCGUCUCCACAGACACGGGCAUGGCUUUGAUGCUGGCGUCUUCCAGGAGACUGGUGGAAGAAACAAGGAAGAAGAAAGUGCUGUUGGAGCUGUUUACUGUAAGAAGCUAGAUGACUUGCUCCAGCCAGCAGAUUUUGUGUUGCUGUCUGUGACCCUAACUCCACAGACCCACAAACUGAUUGGGAAGAGGCAGCUGGAGCUGAUGAAACCCACGGCUACUCUCAUUAAUAUCAGCAGAGGUCUGGUUGUGGAUCAGGAUGCUCUGGUGGAAGCCCUUCAAAACAAAGUUAUUAAGGCAGCUGCUCUGGAUGUGACGUAUCCCGAGCCUGUGCCAAGACUGGAGCAAUUGGGUUUCCCAAAGGAGCUCUCAAAGCAGCAACCUCUGCACCUCCUGAGGAGCUGGUUUCCUGCAUCACUGGAGGCAGGUUGAUGGACCAGGGAUGAAGUCUAGCCGUGGGUUACCCUCUGGAGAGGCCUAAGUGUCUGCAGGCAGGCAAAGGACCAACUUCCAGUGUGUGCAGAUGAACACUGGUCCUGCAACGUGGCAGUGUCACCUCCCUUCCCAAGUGACCAAGGGCUGACUCCCCGUCGUUCAAACAAGACCUGAGUUAGCUGAGCCCCCUGCACGGUUUGAC